GUACGGCAAAAAUAAGAAAGAGUUAUUUAGUUUUAUUAUUUAAAUAAUAAUUUGAUAAUGGAAUGGAAUAGGGAAGCAUGUUUAAAAUUAAUUGACAUUUAUGAACAAAACCCUGUGUUGUGGAAUCCCAAACACGGAUUGUAUUACAAUAAAAUAAAAAAGCAUGACGCCUGGGUGAAUAUUGGUCAAAUCAUGCAGUGUGGUAGUGAAGAGGUAAAAAAGAAAAUGGAGAGCAUGUUGGCAAGUUUCAGGCGGGAAAAAUCCAAAGGCAAAAAAUCUGUUGGUACCGGUAAAGGUAAUUUAUACAGCACUGUGGGCCAAAUUAGGUGUUAUAUUUGAAAAACAAUUUAUUUUAUAGGUAGGCAAGAAGUGUAUAUAUCCAAAUGGUUUGCUUUCACCCGAAUGGCCUUUUUAUUAGACAGAGAUGAACCAACAGAAACAUUAACUUCUCUCAAUGAUGACACAGAAACGAUGGAGGCUGCUUCGCAUGAAGAUAUUGAGGAUUCCCUUGAUCAAUCUACAGAUAUAAAUGAUGAUCAUUCACAAAACGACAGAGGCAAUCUUGAUGAAAGCCAAACCGUACUUCCUCAAGUGAAAAGAACAUGUGUAAACUUAAAAAAAGGAACAAAACAGAACAUAUCUCGGGAAGAUAGCACUAUUGUCGAAGCCUUUGGAAUGCUAAAAAGCGUAGUAGCAAAGGAAAAGCCCGCAGAAAUAUCAGAUAGUUGUACUGAUUAUGGAAAGCAUGUGGCAAAUAAGUUGAGAAAUUAUUCGGAGAGGACUAAAGCGAUAGUACAGUACCAUUUUAAUAAUAUAUUAUUUCAAGCUGACAUGGAUAAUUUUGAAAUAAAUAGAAAUGCAGCAGCUAUGAAUGUUGCUGCAAACUAUCAGAAUUCGUCCAUAACUUUGCCCACUGGUCACUUUACGACACCCAUUCCAAAACCUUCUCCACAAGAAACGUCACAAAGUGAAGUUUCAUAUACUGAUUUGACAUCUCCGAUCAGCGAAAUUCACUUUGUUCCAGUAACGUGGGAAAGAUUGGGCGAAGAUGGCAGUGAGAAAUCGAAGAAUAAUGCUAUUCCAACAAUGUUCUCUUUCACUAAAGCCAAACAUAAGAGAAAGCCCCCGACACAAAGACAGCUUCCUGCGUGUGUCUCGCCUCUUGUAGAUAACGAAGAAGAAAUUGUUGAUCCUACUCCUACAAAAAAGAAAAAAGUGGCACUUCCAUGUAAAUCUUCUUUUGACUCCUCUGAAACUCAAGACUAUGAUACUGAUAUAUCUAAAUCUCAGAUAUCCUUUAAUACAUUAGUCUUAUGGGCAGUUCUUUGA